UAGUGACAACAUGGCGGCGCCGUGAGCUCCUCACUGUGGAGAGACGCGGGGAGUUGCACAGCAUUAUACGAAUGGACGUGUGGAUGGAGACAGGCACCGUGACCGUGAGAGAAGGCGGCAGCUGAGAGGGUAUUCAAUGGCGGCAGCGUGGUGUCUGCUGAGGAAGCCACAACAGUGAGAGAAGAGGGGGCCAUUAAAACAUAAAACAGCUUCUUCCCGGAACAGCUUUGUUUGAAGAACGUCUUUCACUAUGAAGACCACAACAAAAAGAACAAAAGAAAUGUUUAACUGGGAUGAAUACUUAAAGGAAACUGGUUCGGCUGGUGCACCUUCUCACUACUUCAGACAGUCUAGGAUCCCACCCAGUAAUGAAUUUAAAAUUGGCAUGAAAGUGGAAGCUCAUGACCCUCGAAAUGUUACCUCCGUUUGUAUAGCCACUGUUGUUGGAAUCUCUGGAGCUCGCCUGCGCUUACGGCUGGAUGGCAGUGAUGAUAAAAAUGACUUCUGGAGGCUGGUGGACUCCUCCGACAUCCAGCAAAUCGGUACAUGCGAGAAAACGGGAGAUAUGCUGCAGCCACCCUUGGGAUUCCGGAUGAAUGCCUCUUCCUGGCCAAUGUUCUUAUUGAGAACACUAAAUGGGGCAGAAAUGGCACCAAUCUCAUACUUUAAAAAGGAACCACAGAAAUCACCUCAGAACUUAUUUAAAACUGGAAUGAAACUGGAAGCGGUGGACAAAAAGAAUCCAUUCCUAAUCUGUCCAGCUACAGUGGGAGAUGUGAAAGGAGAUGAAAUCUUUAUUACGUUUGAUGGGUGGAGGGGAGCGUUUGACUACUGGUGCAAAUACGACUCUCGUGACAUCUUUCCUGUUGGGUGGUGUAGUAUAACUGGAGAUUCCUUACAGCCUCCUGGAAACAAUGUUUCUUUAUCAAAGAGCCCUGCUGCCUCGACCUCUCCUGUAAAGGGCAUCAGACGCUCCAUGCAGUCCCCCCAGAAGCCUGUGUUGGCACAGAAGGGGAGGAAACCUAUACGAGACAAUCCCCUUGAAGAAGCUCCUUCUCCUCCUCCAAGGAAAGGCAAGCGUCCCAAAAACGCAACACUGGCAAGAAAUGUGCUAAAUGCCGAUAAUUUAAAAAUGAGACAACGAGGUUUAAAACCAGGAAGAAAGAAAGAGAUCCUGCCAUUGCAUUCAACCCUCCCUCCUCCUAACUCUGAUGGAGACCUCAGUAAACCUCAGAUGAUAAAAGAUGGUGUUGGUAUCACAAAUUCUCCAAUAAAUGUGAUUUCUACAGUUUGUGUUUACGUGAACAAACAUGGCAACUGUGGUCCCCAUCUGGAUAAGAAGAAAGUCAUGCAACUUCCCGAUCAUUUUGGGCCGGGUCCAGUGAACAUAGUGCUGCAGCUGGCAGUGCAAGCCUGUGUGGACUGCGCACACCUCUCUAAAGUAGUAUUCAGCUUCCUGAAGUCUGGACAUCAUGGGGGAGAAGUUAUAAAAGCUUCGUUUGAUGGUGAGAUGCAUUCUGUCCAUCUGCCAUCAGUCAACAGUGCAUCAUUUGUUUUGCGCUUCUUAGAAAAAUUAUGCCACAGCCUGCAGUGUGAUAAUCUGUUCAGUAGCCAACCGUUCAGCCCAUACAUGGGGGCAGCACAGAGCCCGGCAGACUAUGACAGAAGCAAAACCUCAAAAGAAGAAAUGUCUGACAGGAACAACAAGAGAAUUCUCCAGGAGUCUCCCCCUUACACAGCUCCUCUUUCUCCAAAGUUACCAAGAGUGGAAGCUCACCCUUCAGAAGCUGAAACCCUGCCGCUGCAAGAGAAUAGUAAUCCAAAAGACCACAGAUAUUCCGAGGAAUCCAUGGAUUCAGCGCUCAAUGCUGUAAAUCCACCUAGUUCUUCACCCCGUAUCACAGCUGAGUACCGUACAGCUGGCAACACGCCGGCUUUUUACAGGACCUCUCUCCAGCCUAUGACCCCUACCUCAAACACCACUCCUUUGGUACGUAGAUCAUCUUCAAGCUCAGCAGGAAACAGCUGCUACUAUGAAAAGGGCAGAAACCGGAUGCACAGGAGGAUCGAAGCAGUGAGCUCCACGAUAGGGCUGGACCUCAACUCUUCUGACCGUGAAUCCUCAAGAACACAAAGUAAAGAUCCAGCCUCCUGGUCUGUGGAGGAUGUGAUACGCUUUGUAGAGAAAGCAGAUCCCCAAACUUUGGCACCUCAUGCUGAACUUUUUCGGAAACAUGAAAUUGAUGGACCUGCUUUUUUGUUACUUCGGAGUGAUAUGAUAAUGAAAUAUAUGGGACUGAAACUUGGCCCAGCCUUGAAACUAUGCUAUCAUAUUGAAAGACUCAAACAAGGGAAGUAUUAGGAGCUUGGGCACAAGUGACAUUAUUGGAUUUACCUCAAGAGCUGACUCUUACCUUCUGUGCAGGAGCUUGCAGUGCUACAAUAUACCUCCUCUGUAAAAUAAUGCAGACACUAAAUAUGUAAAGUAUUUUUGUGUAAACCUCAGUAUUCUUCUGUUGUUUAUCACUACCAAGUACAAAUCCAUGCACAACUACUUACCCAUCUUUUUAUUUUAACCAAAAGGCUGAUGCCCAAAGCAGUUUCCAUUAUUUGGGGGGGUGGACUUGGUGACAGAUCUAUAGUAGCAUUUACAGUGCCCCUCCAUAACAGAGUAGUAUGACUGAUCCUUUUUUCAUUGCUUUAUAAUGGUCUCAUAGUAAUGCAUGGGCACAGGAUUACCAACCUGUUAAUGCGAGUAAUCCUACUUCAUCUCACUAUUUUUGUGGCAGGAUUAUUUCCCUUUCUGUUUUUGUAGAUGGCUUUUUGUGCAUAUUGCUGGUAACUAUUCCAUUUAAGUGGUGCGGUCAGCUGCCCAUACAAGGUCCCUUUCCAUUGUGGUGUAUAAGAAGCCACAGCUGCAGAUUUUGGAAUAUGUAACCCAUAUUCAUAAUGCUUUGUAUGACUGAAUCUGUACUGACCAAGAAGAAUGAUCAGAUGACUUCCUAGAUUGCCAUAGAAAAGGACAUUCAGCAGAUCUGGAGCGGUCCCAUGGAAAGGUCAGGUACCAAUCUGUCCAUUUAGCACCAAGUUCUACUGGAGGGAGCUUUAAGGCUUAGAUCAGAAGUGACAGGUGUGCAGUACAUGUGGAUAAGGUAUUGAAGCUCCACAUACAGCAGAACAAUGCUGUACAGUUUCAUAUCCACAGCAUGCUCAUUAUGUCAUGGAGAUGCCAUGGAUUUUCAUAUAUAAAGGUGAAAUCAACAGUCAAUCCACAGCAAAAUCCUAGUUUUUUACCACAAAUUUCCCCUUUCAUAUUGCCUAAAGAUAAUGAAUCAGUAUAUCAAGGAAGUAAAGGUAGAGAGGUAGGAAACAAUCCUAUCAAAUUCUUUUCUAUAGCAUUAUAUAGAUAGAUUUCAUGUAUAAUACAGUCAGGUUGGAGGCAGCAGCUUCUAGCACAGAAGGUUAGCCGGUGGUCAUCUGGGCUCUUCCAUGCUGGGUGCAGCAGUGCUGCAGAAAUGGUCUAUAAAAGUCUUAUAGCAACCUCCUUCCAGAAAGUCAUCCCCUAGCUGAGCGUCACAGCAUAGGAGGGCUACAGUCUAGACUCUAGCUGAUGUAUUUAUUGGACACCUUUCAGUAUUAGAUUACCAUUACCUCAGAACCGUUGUGUUAGGGUCUAUUCACACGUCCGUUGUUUGUUUCCUGAUCUGUUCCGUUUUUUG